CUCAGAUUUUUUACAGGAAGAUUACUACAUGUUUAGCAAUCCAGACGAACAGAUAAUAAGCUUUUCUAAAUUUUUACGAGUAGUAAAUAUUAACCGUUUAUGUUGUCAUUAAUGACCUUUUGUACAUACACGGUACAAAAAGUGCUAUCUUCCAAAAAUCCCCCAUACAAUUUGUGUUGAUAGAUCAACUGAUUUCUUCAGAAAGAAGUGUUUCAUCUAGUGUUUCAUAGUUUUCUUGUCAAACUGGUUUGUAUGGUGACAUCACACUCAGGAUAUGUCACGUGAUCGGUUCCCUUCCCUUCACCUGCAGCCUCAGUGGCGGAAGACAGGUGUAAGUAUCGGUACCAGUUUGCUUUGUAAGGGGAAAAACACGGUUUUAAAUUCAACCUGUGAGGCAAUGUAACUACCCUGGUUCGCUCAGCUGCUAGAACCAUUCCCAUGUCUUUUGGAAACGGGUCAGCGUCCCGCUUUGAUCGGGUCCGCGAUAUGCCUUACUAUGAUCAAGUGCCCAUUGGCUCACUGCCGUGGGGUCAGCAAACUCCUUACCCACUCGGCGGUGAAGUGGCAGCAUCUAGCUAUGACAGUUUACCACUACCACCUCUCCCCGGAAACCCUCCUGUUGGCCCAGAAUUCUACCCGAGUGAUGUUGAAGACCAGGUGGAUGAUGCCAUGGACAUCAAACCCAUCCGACGCUUCAUUCCUGACUCUGUGAAGAACUUCUUCAGAGCCAGUGGCAACCGAGGUAGCAAGAAAUGGACCUUUCCACCACCACCACCUGAUGUGAACAUCACCACCGAAGGCGUCCCGUGCUCUCCUCCACACUCACGUGCACCCUCACCUACAGCCCCCAGCUCUUACCUAGACCCUUAUGGAGGGUCUGGAGGCAGCUACAAUUCAAGGAAGGAGCAGGCAACAUUAUUAGGUGAGCCGCUGGAAUCGGUGUCCGGACGCUCUUUGAAGACGGCUAUGACUUACAGUGAGAAGGUGGAGGAAUACAAUCAGCGCUACGCAUAUAUGAAGUCCUGGGCUGGACUUCUGCGCAUUUUGGGAUGUGCAGAGUUGCUUUUAGGGGCUGCUGUUUUUGCAUGCGUCUGUGCAUAUGUGCACAAAGAUAAUGAAUGGUUUAAUAUGUUUGGUUACUCGAUGCAUCAGAUGUAUGGGGGAACAUCAAUGGGUGGGAUGUAUGGAGGAACUGGAACUGGAAUUUCCUACUCGGGACCCUUGACUCCUUUUGUUAUUGUGGUGGCUGGAGUUGCCUGGAUAGUGACUAUCAUUCUAGUAGUGUUAGGCAUGACCAUGUAUUAUCGUACCAUUCUCCUAGACUCCGGCUGGUGGCCAAUCACAGAGGGUGUGAUAAACUUGGUGUUAGCGUUGCUCUACUUGUCAGCUGCAAUCGUGUAUGUGCGAGACACAGUGCGUGGAGGUCUCUGCUAUUAUCCACAUUUCAACGCUGGACCCAAUGCAGGGUUUUGCCGAACAGAGGCGGGACAGAAUGCUGCCAUCAUCUUCCUCUUUCUCAACAUGCUGUUGUAUCUCGUGGGAGCAGGCGUGUGUCUGAAGCUGUGGAGACAUGAAGCAGCAAGGAUGUACAGAGAGAGAAUGGGUCAAGAAAUGAAAUCAGAAGGACUUCCACUCAAUAUGAUUGGUGCCGGCUCAAGUGUCUCUGUGCCCAUCCUAACUGCUCCAGUAAUGUCCAGUCCAGAAUCUUAUGAUGGCAAACCUGCCAACCCAGUUAUGAUGGAACCAGAGAUCUUAAGGGGUCAUAUUCCUUCUGGCCACAUUCCAAAACCUGUGGUUAUUGCAGACUAUGUGGCGAAAUAUCCCACAAUCCAGUCUGAUGAGGAAAGGGAGCGAUACAAGGCUGUGUUUAAUGAUCAAUAUGCAGAAUAUAAAGAGUUGCAUGCUGAGGUUCAGGUCUUAACGCAGAAGUUUGAGGAAAUGGAUAAUCUGAUGAGGAAUCUCCCACAGCAGCCUUCUAGUCAAAUGGAGCAAGAGAGAAUCAAUGGCAUUAUUCAAGAGUAUAACAGAAAAAAGGCUGACCCGACAUACCAGGAGAAAAGGGAGAGAUGUGAAUAUCUGAAGAGUAAACUUGCGCACAUAAAGCAGAAAAUUCAGGAGUAUGACAAAGUAAUGGACUGGAAUGAUGGUUACAGCUAAACAGAGCUCCAUUAUACUUUCUUCAAACAGGGUCCCAGAAAAGAAGCAACUGCCCCAAAAGAAAA